AUGGAGAAAAUUAAGUUUGUUCCUCACAUCUCAUUGUUGUUAGCUUCAAAGUAUGAACAAAGACAUAAACUUCAUGUUCGUGACUUGGUACACAUACCGCCAGAAGUUGUGUGUGAAACCGAGAAGCUUAUACUGCAAAAACUGGAUUGGAAUUUAACAGUUACAACACCUUAUGUGUUCCUUGUUAGAAAUAUUAAGGAUGAAGACAAGAUCAUGGAAAAUAUGGUGUUUUUCUUUUCAGAGGUCAGCUUGACACAUUAUUCAAUUGUGUGUGACUAUAAACCUUCUAUGAUUGCUGCUUCUGCUGUGUAUUGUGCAAGAAUUGUUAUUGGAAGGUAUCCUUUAUGGAACAAUGAUUUGAAGAUAUGUACCGGAUACUCGGAGAAGGAGUUAAGAUCGUGUGCUAUGGUUAUGAUAGAAUUGUGCAAUGAAAUUUGUAGAGAUGGAACAAUGCAUGUUUUUAGGAAAUUUUCAAGUCGAGAUUAUUGUGAGGUUGCAUGUGUUGCUAAAAGAGAAAUCUCCAAAAAACUUUUUUAUCAUAGAAUUUGUCUCAAUAUGGGACAAUAUUUUUCUUUUCAGAUUAUUAAGAGGAACUUGAAAGCCUUAUAUUAA